GUGGCAGCUGUAUCUUUCUUAGCUUGCAUGAUCAAAAGCAUCUUUUUUAGCUCUAUAUAUACAAGGAUCCCCUACAUAUCUCCUACUUAAUUACUCCAAAGUGCAAAAAUUUACAAUUUCCACACCAAAAUCAACAACUCGGCUAAUCUAGCAAAAGAAGUUAGUUAAUUAUUUUCUAUAUAAGUACAAGCUAUGGCCAUUUCCAAGCGUUUCAUUGCUGCUUUUGUCCUCUCCUUUCUUCUUUUUCAUGCAAUUGAAGCUCAAGAAAUGGUAAAGCCGAUUGAGAAUAAAGGUCCAAAGAGGACUCUUCUUGGUGUAGAUUGUGGAGCAGCAUGUGUGGCGAGGUGUCGGUUAAGCAGUAGACCAAAUCUAUGCCACAGGGCAUGUGGAACCUGCUGUGCUCGUUGUGGUUGUGUUCCACCAGGUACUUCGGGUAACCAAGAACUCUGCCCUUGCUACUACAACCAAACUACACACGGUGGAAAACGCAAGUGCCCUUAAAAGUUACUCUAGCUAAUUUGGUUCUUAACUUCUUAUGUAAUUAACUACAUAUUGCAGACCUUUUCAUGAUUAACUUCUGUUCCUGUUUCCUUAUGAUCAUAUACUUCAUGUUGUUUCUUAUAAGAGUACCUUUGUUCUGUGAGUGAUGAAUAUAAUAAAUGGGUACAAUAUACUCUUUUCUAUUA